AUGGAGGCUUUCAAGAAUGUGUUUGGUUCUCUCCAGAAGGGUAUAAGCAAGGCACGCCAGUGGACAUCCAUACGUCCUCGCCGAGGUCACAGGAGUCAAUUGCAACAUACCUAUCGGUCAGACUUAGAGGCAGCGUACUAUGGCGUCGAAUUCCCAUUCCUUCAUAACAUGGCCGAGAGCUAUGAAGGAUUAACUCCCGAGAACGCCUCAGCUCCCAUGACAUACGAGUACAACAAACCUAUCUCUACUACCACCAAUCAAGCUGUUCCGAUCCCAGACACCAUUCUCACUAUUGAUGUGGUCUCCAAUCUGGCAGAAGCCCUGUCAACUGAUAUCACGACGACAAUCAACAAUCAAACAGAUACUCAUACGUUCGAACCUACCAAAGAGCCGCUUGAUUCCCUUUUGAACUCUGCUGAUGCAAUCAUCUCUGACCCCAUCUCAGCAGUUGGCAAUGUAAUGACGCCUAGAAGCAUAUUCUUAAAACGCCGGCGAAUGGAAGUCGUGGAUAAAAACAUCAAUGGAUCUUCGGAAACCAAAAUGACGGACAAUCAUAUUCAUAAACGCCCAAAAAUCGCUCUUGACUUAUCGCUCUCUAUUGGUCUGGACCACUCAACUCCAGCGGGGCCGCAUCAUAAUGUUCAUACUCUCAUCAGCUUCAACACAAUUUCACCACGUCACGCAACUGAAACCCAUCUCAACUCUCACAAUUCUGAGGCUCCCCCUACUCAAAUUUUGAUAUCCAUCGAUCACAAAACAACUCGCUCUAAAGACAUUAGUGGUCUUGAUCACAAUUCCUUUUCGACCCCUCCUGCUGCAAUCACCUCUGAUCCGAUAUUGGAUACAGUUCAUGUCAAAGUCUUUGACCAAAAAUGUGAAGUUCCAGUUCCACCAGUUCAUCAAUCUCAAACAAAUGAAUCUUCCGAUCACCCAAUCAUCCUAGGUCCUCCUCAUUCUACUUGUUUUGUUGAACAAUCCGAUGGAACUCCUUGUACUCCCACUUUUGUUGAACAGCCCAAUGCACCGAUGACACCAGCUGGAACCCAUCAACAAAUCGAUUCUUCGGAUGAAGCAAUGAUUCUGGAGACUCCUUGUACUCCAGUUUUGGCUGAAAACCACAAUGGUGAAUGA